CGGUGGAGUGGACCUCGCGGGCGGGGGCGUGGCCUUCCGCCCGGCAGCGAAGCCACACCCCUGCGCCGCGGCCCGCCCGCUUCCAGUCAAGAUGGCGCUGGCGACGGGGAUGCGCGUCCCGGCGCGCGCCCUGCUCCGCGCGUGGGCCUGGCUCCCGGGCGCGGCCCUCGGGCGGACAGGACCGGCGGCCGGCGGCGGCGUCCGACGAUUCGGGAACCAGCGGGUGCUGGUGGAGCCGGACCCGGCCGCAGGGAUUGCUGUGAUGAAGUUCAAGAACCCCCCAGUGAACAGCCUCAGCCUAGAGUUGCUGACGGAGCUCGUCAUCAGUCUGGAGAAACUGGAGAACGACAAGACCUUCCGAGGCGUCAUCUUAACUUCGGACAGACCCGGGGUCUUCUCAGCUGGCCUGGACCUGAGGGAAAUGUGCGGGAGGAACCCGGAGCACUAUGCUGAGUACUGGAAGGCUGUGCAGGAGCUGUGGUUGCGGCUCUACCAGUCCAAUAUGGUGCUGAUUGCCGCCAUCAAUGGAGCCAGCCCUGCUGGAGGCUGCCUGAUCUCCCUUACCUGUGACUACCGGGUCCUGGCUGACAAUCCCAGAUAUGCCAUUGGGCUGAAUGAGACCCUGCUGGGCAUCGUCGCCCCUUUCUGGUUCAAAGAUACGCUUGUGAACACCAUUGGGCACCGUGCCGCAGAGCGUGCUCUGCAGCUGGGGUUGCUCUUCCCGCCAGCAGAGGCCCUCCAGGUCGGCAUAGUGGACAAGGUGGUGCCUGAGGACCAGGUGCAGAGCACAGCGCUCUCAGUGAUGGGCAAGUGGCUGGCCAUUCCAGAUCACGCUCGACAACUGACCAAGAACAUGAUGCGAAAGCCCACAGUAGACCGCUUGGUGAAACAGCGCGAUGCUGACAUCAAGAACUUUGUCAGUUUUGUCUCCAGAGACGCCAUUCAGAAGUCCUUGCAGAUUUACUUAGAAAAGCUCAAACAGAGGAAAGGCUAACGGCGGGGCUGCCCACACAGGCUGUAGGCUUAGGCACCCUUCCAGGGGCACUCUGGUCCCACGGGGGUUUAAACAAGGUAUUUUCCAAUUUAAAAAUC